UCGGUGUACGAUCCCGAGCCUGAUCCUAUGGCUUAGGACACGAUGGAAGCCGAGCCGUGGUCCGAUCCGAACGACCUGGCCAUGGAGUCAGAGCCAGGAGGUUCUGAUGACGAUGACGACGACACUCCUCUCAUCCAGAUUCCGCGUCCUCGCACACAUGCGUCCACGGCGGCCGCUGCACCGUCUCCCGCAGCACGCCCUCCUUCAAGUGCUCCCGACGUCUCACAGCCAGGCCCGAUGGACAGUGUCGAGAGCAGUACGCCACACCCUUCGACCGAUCGUCGCGGACAGGGAGGGACUCGCGAGCGUGUCGACGAGGGAGACGACGGCGAUGGCGACGAUACGGAGGGAUAUGAGGGCAGCAGUGAGGAUGAGGAUGAUCCCUGUUAUUCCCCGACACGCAGACAUGGUGACGACGAUGACGAGGGCGGCGACGGUGGACGGGCUGUGGGUGGUUUGCGGAAGUCCGAGAGACAGCGUGGCGACCGAUGCAGUGGUGAAGGCAGGGGAGGCAGCGGGCCGGGUGUUGGGGGUGCAGGGCGCAUAGGUGGUGCAGGGCAUGCUGGCACAGGAAAAGUUGAUGAGGAGAGGCCCGCUGAGGCAGCUGUGGUUGCUCCCUCCCCUGCAGAGUUCGUUGCGGCGUCUGCAGAGGGCGCAGCGGCAUCUGCGGAGGGUCCAAGCGGGUUUGCGGGUGGUAGUGGCGAUGCUGGAGAGGUUGGGAGGCCAUCUGCACAGGUGGGUGUUAGUUUCAGCGACAACAUUUUUGAUGUUUCGUUAGGGCAUCCUCCGACACCGGCAGGGGAGCGUGUCGGUGUCGGUGUGGACGCAGCGGCCACGCCCGUCAGUCAGAUACUUUGUGACAUACCUUCAUGCAGCACGGGCCACAUCCGUAGAAGCAUGUUGCAGGAGGCAGCAGAGGGGGCACCGGGUCGGUCGGGGCAGCACGAGCGUGCAGCUGGGGAUGAUAGGGAGUGUCGACCUAUGCAGGAGCGGGCGACAGAGUCAAAGCAGGACAGGAUUGACCGCGAGGAGAGAAGGAGGGCGCAGGGGUUGGCUAGUCACUGCGAGAUGACGCAGAGUGUUGCAUUGAGGGCACGUGCAGCACGGAUGCUCGAGAAGGUGUCGAACUUUUUCCAGCCGAGCCUCCUCGGGCGACCGUAAUGCCAACAGGCUGUCACGCAGGAUUUUGUAUGUGUGAUUGCAAUAAAUAAAAUAAAUUUAA